AUGCUGCCUUGGAGACCUGUGGUGCGCCAAGCUUAUUCAAGUAGCACGGCCAUCGCGCUGCGUGUGCCAGUGCGCAUGUCUCACACCAGGGCGUACGCGGCUCGUCGUGUGUCUUGGCCACUGUGGCUGGGUAUAGCGGGUGCCUCGGUGGCGGCUGCCAUGGCUGUGCCAGCCUUGCCCCUCUAUCUAGAGGCACCCAUGGAUCGCACUGUCAAGGAACCCAAGUCUUCCAUGGAUGUGCCCGUCUACAUGCAGACAGCCGGCACGAAUGUGAAUCAUACGAGCUCGAUCUUGCGCCUCGUGGGCUUCGGCGUGCGCACUGUCACGUUCCUCGGUUUUCAUGUCUAUGUGGCGGGCCUGUAUGUGGCGGAGGAUGCCCUAGAGGCUUCAAGGAAACCACUAGCAUCUGGUGACGUGGAUCUGGAAAAGCAACUACAGGAUUGGCUCGAGGCUGGCGUGCCGUGUGCGAUCCGUAUCAUGCCUGUGCGGUCCACUGACUUUGCGCAUCUCCGAGACGGACUCGUGCGUGCUAUCAAUGUGCGUGCAAAACAUGCAAGAGCCUUGCCCGACACGUAUGAUAUGUCCGAUGAGGUCGAAAAAAGCCUCUCUCGCAACGUGCACGACCUCAAGUCUCUCUUCCCACGCACCAAAGUCCAUCGUGGACACGCCCUGGACCUCGUUGUCCAGAAGACCCAGGCUCAUACAUAUGGCCUCUCGCUGCAGUACAAUGGCACAGAGCUUGGUUUCGUGGAGAGUGAACGCGUCUCCGAGCGUGUAUCGCGCAGACCUUUUACCCUGCCCGUUUCCUUGCUUCUGGCCUAUGUGGGCAUGCACCCUGACAUUAGUGAGGCGCUGCGCACGUCGAUUCGUCACGGUCUCACACACGAACUGCCAUAG